UUUUUUUCUGACAAAUACUAAUAUGUCUUUUUAUACUCUGUGUUCUAUAAUUUUCAUAUUAUUUUCUUUUGAUAUAUCAUCAUUGAUUUAUACAUAGAUUUUUUUGUAUUUUAUUAAUACAUUUUUUAUAUUUUAUUUUGUAGCUUUUAAAGCGUUUUUAUUAGUGUUCAAGAUGUGUUGUGGGGGUGGUGGCGGAUGUGGGGGAUGCGGGACCUCCAUUGGGAAUUGGUUAUAUGUUUUCGAAAAGUUGGCGUCAUUUUGCGCCUUAACAGCAGUGGUUAUUUGCCUUAUACUGACGCUGUGUAUCAUGUUGGGGCUUGGUAUAGGCCUUGGUUACAACUAUUGCUACGUGGACCUGAGGGUUAGGAAACCGAGUUCAGGUUCGGCUAGAAGAUCUGGCGAAGAGCUCGAUGAGCCCAGUUUGGAGACAGAGGACUUCAGGCGCAGGAUGGACACAACUUACCCAGUGUCCCAGAGGACCACCACCUUGCCAACGAUUAAGGCCACCAUGCAAAUACCUCUUAACGGAGAGAUUGAUCUUGAGGCACUGUUUUCUAAAUUAAGGGGACGCAAUAGAAACGUCACCUUAGAACUGAUCACGUGAUUUUUAUGAUCAUCUACCAGUGUUUGCUAUGCCAGUUUAUUUUUUUUUAUAGAUUUUCUUUAUUUUAUUUUUUGUAAUUUGCUCUUUGUUUUGUUAAAUGAUUAUAUUGUUUUUCUUUUCUAA